AUGCCAAUAUAAGUUUACUUUAAAGUCAGAUGCGAGACACAUUCAUCACAAGAACUUAGAAUUGUUGGAGAUAUACCAGCCUUAGGCAUGUGGAAUCCAUUUAAUAGUCUAAUUUUACAUACCAAUAAUGAAAUAUAUCCUUUUUGGGUAGGAUAAAUUUAUGAGGACCUAGAAUAAAGUACCAUUGAAUGUAAAUACUAGAUACUUUGAUUCAAUUUAAAGCUGUCAUUAUUGAAUGUGAUGAAAUUAUUUGGGAAUAGAGUGAAAAUAGGGCAAUAUAAAUUAGAUAUUAAUCAUAGAGUGUCCUUUUCUCUUUUAGUGGCACAUUCACAUAAAUGGUGAAAAUCUAAUCAUAUUACGAUUAACCAUCAGAUUCAGAAUCAGAAUCAAUUGAUAUAAGUAAAUUUUUAUAUUUAUAAAUAUUAGAGGGGGCAAGGAAAAUUUAUCUUUAAAAUUCUCUACAUCCUUAUGAUUAUGAGUUCAUGAGUUCAGUAAAUAAUUUAAACUAUUUAGGACUCGGGGAAAGACCUGGAUUAUUAAAGUUCUAAAAAAUCAAGUCUAAAUUCAAAGUCAUCUAGUUUAGAAUAAUUGGAC